GUCAUUACGUCACAAACACGUAAGAUCCCACGUAAUCCAUAAUGGCAGCACUCUUGCUCGUCACAAUGGACGCUGCUCGUUAGCUAGCUAGGUACUUUUGAGUCAACCACUGAUUGUUCUUAGAAGGAUUUUUUUUCCCACUGUGGCUACAUGUUGAAGCAGGCGGGCAGCGCGGGCCCAUCCUCUUCCUCCUCCUCCUCCACGGUGGCCUCCCCUCAGCCGAUGAAGGAGUCCAAAGAAAACGCGGCGGGCGGCCAGCAGGCCAUGUUGGACCACAUCAAGCCGUGCUGGUACUGGGACAAGAAGGAUUUGGCGCACACGCCCUCUCAGUCCGAAGGCCUGGACCCGGGAACGGAAGCCCGCUACCGCAGAGAGGGGGCCCGCUUCAUAUUCGACGUGGGCACCCGACUCGGCCUACAUUACGACACGCUGGCGACGGGCAUCAUCUACUUCCACCGCUUCUACAUGUUUCACUCUUUCAAGCAGUUCCCCAGAUAUGUGACGGGCGCUUGUUGUCUCUUUCUGGCGGGUAAAGUGGAGGAAACACCCAAAAAGUGUAAAGACAUCAUCAAGACGGCGCGCAGUCUGCUCAACGACGUGCAGUUCGCGCAGUUUGGAGACGACCCCAAGGAGGAGGUGAUGGUGUUGGAGCGAAUCCUGCUGCAGACGAUCAAGUUCGAUCUGCAGGUGGAGCACCCGUACAUGUUCCUGCUGCGAUAUGUCAAGCAGCUCAAAGGCGAGAAGAACAAAGUGUGCAAGGUUCUCCAGAUGGCGUGGACCUUCGUCAAUGACAGCCUGUGCACCAUGCUGUCGCUGCAGUGGGAGCCGGAGAUCAUCGCGGUGGCCGUCAUGUACCUGGCCGGCCGCCUGUGCAAGUUCGACAUCCAGGAGUGGACGGCCAAGCAGUCGUCCCGCCGCUGGUGGGAGCAGUUCGUGCAGGACGUCCCCGUGGAGCUUCUGGAAGACAUCUGCCACCAGAUCCUGGACCUGUACUCCCACGGCAACAAGCCCAUACCACAGCAGUUGCAGGACAAGGAGCGGGCGGCCGGCGUCCCCGCCGCCCCCGCCCUGACUCCCGCCCCUCCGGCGGCGCCGCCGGCCGCCGUCCCGCCCCCGCCGCCGGCCAAGAAGACGCCCCCUCAGGGCGGGAGCCCCGCGCGCCAACUCAAGCGGGCACACACCUCCCCCAAGGAAGAAGCCAAGCCCCCAGAACAAGUUGGAUCAAAGAUUCCUCGGCUGGAGAGCCCCAUGCCGCCGCUGCCCACCUCGCAGCCGCCCCCGGACCGCAAACCCGCCGCACCCGCCCCGCCCGCCGAAGCAGAACCCCGAGCGAAGCGGCCCCCCCCGCCCCCUCACGCGCCGCCGCCCAACCAGCCCCACCAGCCCCCGCCCCUCCCCCACCGACCCCCCCCGCCGCCGCCCUCCAACUACAUCAUGUCCACCACUGGCUCGUACAUGUCGGGCGAGGGCUACCAGAGCCUGCAGUCCAUGAUGAAGACCGAGGCGCCCGCCUACGCGCCCCCAAUGCCGCCCACGUACGCCCCCCCUAUGCCACCCUACCACGUCUACCCGCCGCCCACGGCCCCGCCGCCGGCGCAUCCUCCGCCUACUGGCUACCCGCCGCCCACGAUGCCGCCCGGCUACCCUCCGCCAGGCUACACCAACUACCCUCCGCCGCCGCACAUGCCCCCGCCCGGCAUCGGCCUUCCCCCGGCCGGGUACCCGCCUCCGCCUGUGCCGCAAGGCCAGCCGCAGGUGCCCCUGCCCCCGCCGCCCGGCAUGCCCAUGACCCGGGGUGGGUGGAUGAGAUGAACUGCAGCCAAUAGACUUGCGAAGGUCGGGGUACACCUGCUUUUCGUUUGCCUUUGCUUUAGUCGUACAUGCUUCUUCUUUGGUUUGCCGGUUGCAAAAUGUUUCAUUUUUACGGCUUCUAGUUUCUUUGGUCGUCUCGUCACGGUUUCCUCGAUGUCGGGGCGCCGGACCAGGUGGACUUUCCGCCCUCGUGUGCCUUAAAGGCUCCUUUCUGUUUCUUUGGAUUUGUGUCAAAUUGGCACUUGGGAAAAAUAAACUUUUUUUUUUU